AUGUCCAUCUCCAACAUCCUCCUCUACUUCCUCCUCGGCUACGCCGCCCUAACAAUCUUCUUCUACGCCAUGUCCCUCGUCGUUCCAAAAGCCGCCUUCGCCGCCCGCGGCCUCGCCUCCUACAUCUCUCUCCUCGCCGUCGCAGCCUACGGAGUCCUCGCCUCCAUCUUCCUCACCAUCGUAGGAAAGCAGCAGAUCGCACAAUGGGCUGUCGGCCGCUGCUUUCACCAUGUUAUGCGCUACACCACCGGCGUCGAGUUCGUCGUCGAGGACCCCGAUAAUGUCCUCGGCACUACGCGCCCGGCUAUCUUUAUCGGAAACCACCAGACUGAACUCGAUGUUCUCAUGCUCGGAAUCGUGUUCCCCAAGUACUGCAGUGUUACUGCUAAGGCUUCGCUGAAGAAGGUGCCUUUCCUCGGCUGGUUCAUGUCGCUGAGCGGUUCCAUUUUCAUCGAUCGCAAGAACAGCAAGGAUGCCCGCGAGGCCAUGAAGGGCGCUGCCAGCGAGAUUCAGUCCAAGCGACAGAGCGUCUACAUGUUCCCCGAGGGUACUCGAAGUUACGCCAAGGAGCCCAUGCUGUUGCCUUUCAAGAAGGGUGCUUUCCACCUUGCUGUCCAGGCCGGCGUGCCCAUUGUUCCCUGCGUUGUCGCGAACUACAGUCAUAUCAUGCACCCCAAGACUCUCACCUUCAAAUCUGGAAAGAUCCCCGUCAAGGUUCUCAAGCCCAUUCCCACCAAGAACCUGACCGCCGCAGACGUUGACGAGCUUACCCGCACGACACGGGAACUCAUGCUCAACGAACUCGUCACUCUCACAGAAAAGGCCCGCGGCCAACCCAUGGCUGUCCCAGCUUCGCUUGACUCAACAACUGGCAAGAGCUCAGCCAUCGAUACAAAUGGCUCGGCGCACUAA